AUGGCACAUGCAACCAGAAGUGAAGUCAUCAUGGAGGAGUUUUUUCAAACGGUAGCCGAGCUAAGGAGCCUAAUACAAAAGAUGUCAUGUCAAGUGGAAGAAGUGGAGAAAAGACAAACUAGUCUUCUUGCUUCCUCAAACCCAGACAAGAGAUGCAGAGACGAGCUGGAGCUGCUCAACAACAAUAUCAAGACUAAUGCAAAUGUGUUCCGAGCCUCAUUAAGGACAUUGCAGGAUGGUUUCUCAGCAGAUUGCAGUGACGUUGGUACCUCAGUGAUGCGGCGUAUUAAGAACAAUCAGCAUGCACAUCUAACACGCUGCUUUGCUGAGCUAAUGACGAAUCACCACAACACACAGGUGGCCUUCAGAGAGAAAUGCAAAGCCCACAUUCAGAGACAGCUACAGAUUGUAGACAAAGUGACAACAGAUGAGGAGUUGGAGGAGAUGCUGAACUGCCACAAUGUGACCAUUUUUAUAUCUGAUAUAGUUGAAUCUGGUGCAAGUAUUUCAAGCAAAGCUCUGAAUGAGAUCAGGUCUCGUCACGAGGACAUUGUUCACUUGGAGGCAAGCAUCAGAGAGCUGCAUGAAGUCUUGGCUGACACGGCUUUGCUUCUGGAAAGUCAGGGGGAGUUGAUAAACAGCAUUGAAAAGAAUGUGGCGAGUGCUGCAGCGUAUGUGGAGGAGUCCAGAGAAGAGACGCACAAAGCAGUGAUGUAUAAGAAAAACCCUUACAGGAUAGUGUCUCUGCCAAGAUUCUUCAAGUCCUUCCAGAGGAAAACUGCGGACAAUGCAGGCACAGGUCCAAACACCUCCAACCCAGUCCACAAUUACAGAACUGCAAAUGCUACUGAAUUAGACUGCAAAAUUAAUUCCAUUGUCUUCAACACCAGGCAAACUGCACAUUUUUAG